AUGGGUAUGAGAAAAUCGAGCAAGCUUCCGCUACAAGCCGCGGUGCUGAAACAAAUUCUGAGGAGAUGUUCGAGUUUGGGCAAGAAACACGGGUACGAUGAAGACGGGUUGCCGGUUGACGUUCCCAAGGGUCACUUCGCGGUUUACGUUGGGGAGAACAGAACGAGAUACAUCGUACCAAUCUCAUUCUUGAGCCACCCGGAGUUUCAGUGUCUCCUCCAACGCGCCGAGGAGGAAUUCGGGUUUGACCACGAUAUGGGCAUCACUAUCCCCUGUGAAGAAGUGGUUUUCAGAUCCCUAACCUCCAUGCUCAGAUAG